UCUGAGGCUGACAGUGUGUUUGUAGGUCUGUGGAGGAAUGUGGAAGAGGAGGAAACUGAGAUAUUAGCUGGAGGCGGAACCUAAGUGACAAACCAAAGUGGCUACAUCAAAACAGGCUUAGUGUGCACAGUGAGGAAGUAGACAUUGGAAUGAGAGCAGAGGGCAACGUCAUCGAGAUGGGCUAUUGUUUUGGAGUGGAUUAUAUUGUUGUUUAUAGACAUUCUCCGGAGGGAUACCAGCUGCUUGGCAACUCUUCAGCCAAUAGCACAGCCAUCAUACCUCCUGCCGACCUCCAGGGUCGCAUCCACACCAACAGACAGCAGGACCUGCUUGGGCUACAGAUCAGUAACCUCACACACAUGGACUCAGGGAUUUACAGGAGAGAAUGUUGGCAGAACCAGACUCUAGUCAGCCAUCACACACAGCAGCUCUCUGUGUGUGGAGAAGAGAUUGAAUCACAGGAGAUUGUGAAGCCGGAGGUUGGAGCGGCUGAGCUAAGGUGCAACAGUACUUCCAUAGGUCUGGAGGGAACCUUUGUACACUGGUAUUAUGAAAUGUAUCCGACUUAUAAGCUCACACUCUUCCUGGAUAGCAAUGUGUCACUGGAUCCAUUGGUGAAGGAGCUGGAUGGUGUCGUGGAAGUCAGAGAAAGUGGCGCGUUGCUUUUGCUUAACAACAACAUGUUAAAGAAUAACCAACACUUUUACUGUCUUGUGUUGAAAGAUAAGAACUGUCUCAGUUAUCAAGAUAUGUUCCUACCUGACCAAAGUGAGAGCAGGGACAUUUUUGCCUCACAUGGGGACAGACUGUCACUAUAUUGCUCCUCUGAUGGUGAUUUCCAGGAAUGGGACACACCACUGGGGAAGAUUAAUGGCACCAACCCGAGGAACAAUCAAAUGUACAUAUCUUUCAGUGACACACCUGAAGACUACACGCUGGUGAUUCCUGCUUUCUCUGAUGAACUUAUUGGGAAAUAUUCAUGCAUCUCCCCCUCAAUUGAGCUGGAGUACUCGCUUUUUCUUUGCCCAGGAAAGGAUAUCCCACAAAAAAGGUGGGGUUUUGAAGGUGGGAAUGUCUCGCUGGAAUGUGAUGUUGGCCAUGUUAAUGCUGAAAAGGUGCAGUGGUACCGCAAGGAUACUUCAGGGGGACAUGAACUUAUUCAUGAUUCAAAUGAUGAGACCACGCCUGGCCCAGAGGAUCUGAGGGGCAGAAUGACUCUGUCUAAGAAUGGCUCCUGUCUGACACUCUCCGACCUGAAGAUGGAAGAUAGAAAGAUGUACUGGUGUGUUGUUUUUGGCCCUGAGUUUCUGGAAGGUUAUGAUGGUUACCAAGAUGAAAAUGAUGAUGAGGAAGAUACUGAGGAAGAUGAGUACAAUGAUGUUCCAUACUUUUAUGACACACAUACGUGCAUCUUCAAACAGGAGCAUUUGGUUUUAAUGAAGACCACUGUAGGACGCUCGGAUGUAGAGCCUGUGACUCCUGUGACUCCCACGGCUGACCCACCAGACACUGCAGGACGCUCGGAUGUAGAGCCUGUGACUCCUGGGACUCCCACGGCUGACCCACCAGACACUAAGGUUACUGUGUAUGCUCUGGUUGGAGGACUGGCUGUAAUACUGCUGGCUGCAGUGAUUGCUGCAGUGAUUGUAAUAAAGAAGAGGUCAAAAGCCUCUGGACUAAAUACAAACAAGGACAUAAAGAUGACUGAGGAUCCUGGUUGUACUGAGAGGUUAACUAGCAAUGUAGAGUAGUGCAAGGCAUUUUACAUCCAACGAACAUGCACUGUACUAUGAAACUUGUAUGUAAAAUUUCAGUUUCAUGUUCAUGCUGUCUUUCUAUUUCUUCCACUUAGGUAGUAAUGACUAAUGCUGGAUUUCAUACAAUGGAAUUUUUUUUCUUUCAAAAUCCUUUUUUGCUUGUGACUGAGAAUACACAAACUCCUCUGUGUCUAAAACAAAAGAAAAAGUAUCUUUCUCACAAUGUUUCUCUCUAACCACUAAAAGUAAGGGUUUUUUAAGCUUAGUGCAAAAAUUGCACACCCUGUACAAUGUAAAAAGUUAAUACUAAGUUUUGAACUUAUCUGAUGGAAAAUGUGGCAUGGUUGUAAUGUGACAUUAAAUGAUGACUAAAAACCAGUCAGGCUGCUCUCCUGUCAACAGAUUGUUUGGUGCCAUGAAAGAUGAGCCUAACAGCUAAAAAGUCCCUGACACUCUGCUGUCAAAAGAAUCAUAACAAUAGAAAAUGAUUUCAUCGUGACACCAUUACUCUGCAGUACAUGAAAGUCAGGAAUAUAGCAGACUGUCCACAUUUUCUCUCUUGUCGCUUGUUGAAUUUACAGCUUCAUAACUUUGCAAUCUUUGUGCUAAGCACUUCUUUUGAUUUGUCUUAAAGUUGCAUUAAAUG